AUGUCGACAAAGAAGAGCAUCUUCCGGGGUCCCAAUACACAGAACUUCCAGCUCGUACAUCGCUCUCAGCGUGACCCAUUGAUCAACGAUGACGACGUACCUGAUCGUGUGCUGGCACCCUUCGAACCGCGCAACAGAGCCAACAAGAAAGGCAAGAGCAAAGGCGACCUAGAUGCAGAAUUCGGCAAUGCCGACAGUGUACGCGCAAACGAAGGCGAAGCGGCACUAUACGACAUUUUCUACGACGAUACAGAGUAUGACUACAUGCAGCAUCUGCGCCCCGUUGGCGGUCUCAGCGCUCAGGAGGAGGACUCGACCUUCUUUGUCGAGGCCCCAAAAGGUCAGCUGGCCAAGCGACAGGCCAAGGGAAAAGGUCGCGCCAUCGAGUUGGUCGAUGAAGAUAAGAUUAUCUUACCGCCCGACACGCUUGCACCCGAGACCGAAGAGAGGACUUACAGCGAGUUUAUGGGUAUACCAGAUCGACCGUAUGGGCUCCAACCUGAUCUCGAUCCUCGUAUAAGGGAAGCGCUCGAAGCGCUAGAGGACGAAGCUUAUGUAGAUCCGGAUCUGGACGAGCAAGAGACGGAUUUCUUCGAAGGACUUGUAGCGUCUGGAGAGAAGCAAGGCGGCGAAGAUGACGCGGUAUGGGAGGAUGAUCUCGAGGACGGGGGUGAGUUGGAAGAGACGCAAUGGGAGGCAGAGAUGGCAAAAUACAAGACGCCUGCCAGUAUGCACGCCGCCGAAAGCGAUCUUGGCGACGAAGCAGACAGCGAGGGCGGGGAUACUAUAGCAGAGCUGAAAGCUGCUUCCGCUCGUCGACCGCCUCGCAAAGCGCCUUCUGCAGCUACAGGCUACAGUAUGUCCAGCUCGGCCAUGUUCCGCAACAAGGGACUCUCGACGCUCGAUGAUCAGUUUGACGAGGUCGAAAAGAUGUAUGCGGACGACUAUGACGAUUUUGGUGCCCCGGAAAGCUUUGAGGAUGCCACCUCGGUGACUUCAGACGAUGAGCUGCCGGAAGCACGAGACGACUUUGAUGCGGUGAUGGACGACUUUCUGUCUCGCUUUCAAGUCUUGGGCGGAAAGUACAAACCAACACUCGAGGGCGAAACGCCCGGAGAGAAACUCGAUGUGCUCAGACGAGAGUUCGCCGCGAUUGGUGAUGACACGGACGAUCCCAUCCGGGAUCGACAACAACAGAAGGAUCGCAUUCUGGCCGCUGCAGAGAGACAGGCGCGCGAGAAACGCAAGAAUGCUUCGGAGCCUGUGAUUCGGGAGGAAAAGUCAUACGAUACUUGGGAUUGCGAGACCGUCCUAUCGACCUACUCGAACCUUGAGAAUCAUCCAAAGAUUAUCAGGAUCCGCAAUCAGUUUGCUACAAAGACACAAGCGCCCGUUGCUCAGAUUAGGAUCGAUGAAAAGACUGGCUUCCCUGCCGUACAGAAUGGCAGGCAAGAAGAGGAGUCUUCGGGCAGUGAUACCGAAGAUGGCUCACUGGUGCGUGAAACGGUGGCACGACCGAAAGGAGAGUCAAAGGAAGAACGUAAGGCUCGAAAGGCAGCUGUGAAAGCCGAGCGACAAACUCGCAGAGUGGAGAAGAAGCAGAACAGUCUGGCAUUCGAUCAGGAGCGCAAGAAGCAGAAGAGGAAGCUCGCCUCGCAAAAGGUCUCGGCGGCAGAUGUCAGCGGACCGGGUGGCCGUACGACGACGAUCAAUCUAUCGUAG